AUGCACACUCAUGCUCCAGUGCAUGAGGGCUCCAGUGUGCCCAUCAUGCAGUUUGUGUCCCCAUCUUGGUGCCUGCACGUUGGCGUUUACCCCAACGUGCAGGCACUCCAGAAGGGUGGCACACUCAUCAUGCUCCAGGGCUCCAGUGUGCUCCUCAUGCACACUGGAGUGCAUGAGGUUCAGGGUUCUGACCGUUGUCUGUCCUUAUGGGCCAAACAACAGUUCAGAUUACCCACCCUUUUUGGUACAGGGGCCAUAAGGAGGCGCUUAGGUCGUCCUGCAAACCACCCUGCAGUCACAUUUAGACAGAGGUCACAUUAUUCUGGUGACAAUGUGAUUGACAGAGAAAGACAGAUGAUGAUGACUCUGUUGCAGGGUGGUUUUGAUAUAUCAGUCUUUGUCUUUCUCAUCUUCGUCACUUUUGGAUGUAUUUGCUGUAUUAUUUCCUUCCACUCACGAUCUUCAGAGUUGUCUCUCACAACUCUAACAGACAUGGUUACGAUCUUUGGACGCAAAGAUCAAAGACAUCUCUCCAACCUGGAGCUCUUGGAGCAGAAGGUUGACUACCUUCUGCCACAAGCAGACCUGUGGCCCAACUUUGCUCUGGAGUCUCAAGGAGCAAAUAUUUUACACAAGAUGACCUCAGAGGCUUAUGACAUCAAUAAAGAAGUUGGAAGGUUUGGGAAAUUGUUCAAGAGACCUCCUAUUGGCCCAGGCAUUGUUAUUAAGGGAAAAAAUCGUCUGGAACCUGGAAAAUGCUGGGCCUUUCCAGGUUUCCAGGGACGUUUGGGCGUCUCACUUUCACACCCAGCCACCAUCAGACAUGUGUCCCUGGGUCACAUUGCUAAGACUGUGUCCCCAACGUCCUCUGUCUCUAGUGCUCCCAAAGAAUUUUCUGUAUAUGGAAAGAAGAAUUUAGAAGAUGAGGAAACUCAUUUGGGAACUUUCCAAUACGAUGAAGAUGGAGACCAAAUACAGACCUUCAAACUUCCUGCCGAUAAAGUUGGUUCCUUCCGUCAUGUGACUCUAAAGGUGAACAGCAACUGGGGUCAUCCGGACUACACCUGCCUCUAUAACUUUAGAGUGCAUGGAGAAAUUGCAAAAUGA